AACCAUAUCUAAAACAUUGAUUUGGUUUUGAAAUUGUUUUACAAAUUUUGAUCAUUUGUUUGAAAUAUUGAAUCCAAGUCUUUGCGGACAUGUCUUCGUCAGGAAACGCUUCGUCGGCCAACGCGGCCACCGGUGGUGGAGAGCGGGUGUCGUCGGGAGCCGUGGGUUCUUCGGGUCCGCCCGAGAAGAAGAAGAAGGAGAGUAUCGUUGAUUUGGGCAAAUAUCUGGAUAAAGCGAUUCGUGUCAAGUUUCAGGGCGGGCGCGAAGCGAGUGGUAUUCUUAAAGGAUUUGAUCCGCUAUUAAAUCUGGUUUUAGACAAUACUAUUGAACUAUUGAGAGAUCCCGAUGACGCUUAUAAGCUGACAGACGACACAAGACCAUUAGGUCUUGUGGUGUGCAGAGGAACCGCUGUUGUUGUCAUCUGUCCGGUCGAUGGCAUGGAAUCGAUUCCCAAUCCAUUCAUUCAACACGAAUAGAUUUUCUUAUCGAUUGCUAAUCAUUUUCCAUAACAAUUAUGUCAUUUCUUUUCCAA